CCGCGUGUCAGGCUGUCAGAGGAAGGGGAGAGGUAUAAGGUUGAAGCAGAGGUGCCUGGCUUCCCCAAAGAGUCUCUCAACCUGCAAUUCCAGGAUGACUACACCCUCUUGUUGAGCGGCAAGUACGAGCAGGAGACGCGCGAGGGACCUGAGCAGCAGGAGCUGUCCACCGAUCAAGGUCAGCAGCAGCAGCAGCAGCAGCAAGCAGCAAAACAGGAUCAAGGCAACGGCAAGCCGGCUUCUACGGCAGUCUCCAAGUCUGGUGACAAGCAAGUCUCUACCAACAUCCAGCAGCCUCGUGUUUGGCGCAACGAGCGCAUCUCGCAGUCCUUCCAGAGGCAGAUUGUCUUCCCUACUGCCGUCAAUCAGGAUGCAGUCGAGGCAUCCCUUGAUCACGGCCUUCUCAAGCUUGCUGUGCCCAAGCUCGCUGAGGAGAAGCACCGCAAG